AUGUCACUUGCCGCUGCCUGCAAGCUUUUCGUCUGCUUCAUUCUCCUACGUUUAGCUACUCCCAACAACCACUCAUAUCUUGACAGCGAUGCGCCAUAUCAGCCAGUCACCGAAACCAUUCCAGUUAUUUCCACUGAAACGACCAGCUCUCUGUUUCUUCGAGAUGCAAAUUCCGAAAAUCUAGCAAAAAUUGAGCCAGAUGCAAGUUUCUCCGGAAAUAUCGAAACUGAUCUUUCCGAUGUUGAAAAUCCGCUUUAUUACUGUCGGCUGGAACAGAUCCUUGAGGAAUGGUUUAAAACAAUGAAUGAAUCAGUCGACGAUCCUGGUCAAAGUCCAAUCCCAAAUGAGACCAUAGUCGCCGAGCAAGAUCUCCUGGACCUUGAAGCUAUGUUUUUCGCAGCCGAACCGGAUGCUGUCCAAGCUGCAGCUACAACAAUGAAGCCAUUUAUAGACUCGGAUUUUCACAAUGAUCAAUCAGAACUGUGGAACUCGAUGCUCAGUAGUGACACAUUUACAGCUCUGAUUUCGAGGAACGCUCAGUCCAGUGGACUGCAGUCGGCUGCUGAUUUGGAGCGGCUGGAGCACAGCCAGCAGAAGCCAAUCACUUCCAACAGCACAGAAGCGCCGCUCAGUAGUCCUCUUCUUAGCGACGUUACAGCACAGCUUCCUUUAGAACCAGUGGAUUUAUCCAGAAACAAUCGUGUGUCGGAAGAUUUAUCUUUGAUCCCUUCCACUGAGGUUGACAGCAAAUUAGUUUCAACACUUUUGCAAAGGCCCACCAUCGAUAAACUCGAAGCAGAUGCAACUUGCCUGCACGGUUCUGCCAGUGGAUCAGGUGCAUGCUCCACAUCAAGAUCCAUCGAUUCAGAACUUGGACCGAAUUCAUCUCUUUCUAUGGAUUCACGCGAGUCGCAAGGUGCUGCCGAAGGUGCGACAGUAUUAAAUCUUGUUAUCGUAGGAAGCCCUGUUGCCACUAAUUUUGUGUCAAAUUCAUCAGGCAAAUACAUCCUCAGCAGACUGCCAAAGAGAAAACCAGAAAUUCGUACUUUGCUCUGCUAUAAUCUUAUUCCUCCUGUCGUGAAUCAUGUAAUAAUUUAUAAACCGAGUGUGACCAUACCGCCACAUUUUACCAUCAAACAACCGACUAGUUCCAAACAACCAACUAAAAAAACAGUCAAUAAACCAAUCACUUUUCAGCCAGUUCCUACCCAAACUUCAGCUCGAACUGAGCUAGCCAUAGCUACAUCGGGUGAGUCAGUUCGUACUGCGCAGCCCUCAACAAGUAAUAGUACGAAAUCAACCAAACGGUUCACCUGUGGAAGAUGUGGCAAGCUAUUUUUUACCUACAUCAUUUUCAAAAAACAUCUUAGCAGCCACAACAAGAAAGGCGAAUAUCGAUGCAACUGGCCCAACUGCGGCAUUAUCGAAGAAGGCUACAAACACCUCUCACGCCACUAUCUGGAACAUUUGUCGGGGAGUGAUUUAUCCCUAUGUGACAUUUGCGGUAAAAUUUACGACUGCAAGUCUCACUUGACCUCACACAUGCAAUCAGUGCACACGAAAGGUGAAUUUUGUUUCCAAAAAUAA